UCCCUCUCUCUCCCCUCCCUGGGCCCUGCCCCACCCAGCUGUAUUUGCUUUUCUCCCGGAUCCGGAUGAAGGGGUUGCCCUGCCCAUGCCCAGCCCUGCCCCACUUCUGGCAGCGUGGGUCUCACUUCAUGGCUGAGGGCUCCAGGACUAAGGCCCCUGGGAAAGGGCCCCCACUCAGCAUCCAGCUCCUGCGAGCCCAGUAUGAAGGCUUGAAGAGGCGGCAGAGGACCCAGGUCCACCUUCUGGUACUUCCAAAAGGAGGAAACACGCCUGCUCCUGCAGAAUCAAUGGUCAAUGCUGUUUGGAUUAACAAGGAGAGAAGGAGCUCACUGUCCCUAGAAGAGGCAGAUUCUGAGGUGGAGGGGAGCCUGGAGGAGGCUGCCCAGGGCUGUCUUCAGGCCUCCGAGUCUCCCUGGCACACGCACCUGGAGAUGCAUCGUUUGGUCCAAACCUUCCCCCAGGAUACCAGUCAUCAAGUACAUCAUAGGGGCAAGCUUGUGGGAGCUGGCCAAAGGCUCCCUCCUGAAGGAGAUGCACACUUGUUUGAAACAAAUCAGAUGACUCAACAAGGAACCGGAAUCCCAGAGCCUACCCAGCUUCCAUGCCAGGUGGGCAAUACCCACACAAAGGCAGUGGAAUCUGGCUUAAAAUUCAGCACUCAAUGUCCUCUUUCCAUAAAGGACCGACACAGGUCUGGCAAACCAGCCUACUAUCCAUUUCCCCAGAGGAAAACUCCCAGGAUCUCCCAAGCUGCCCGGAACCUGGGCUUAUAUGGCUCAGCCUGAAGCUCUAUUCUGCCAGAUGUGUUGGCCUUCAGGCCACCUAUGACCUCAUAGAACAACCAAGUAGGCAUAGCCAUGACUAGGUCUCUAGCUAUGAACAAGAACUGGAUUCAGCCAAUUACAGGAAUUCUGGGAGAUGAACUUCACAGUGGGAACAUGGUCUUAUCCUUCCAAUAAGAAAAGACUGCUCAGGCCAAAUUGCUCACAGUUUAGGAUGAAGAGGACUGUUUGGUCAGUGCAGCCCCAUUCUGAGAUUGCUAUGAGAUCCUGGAUAUCCAUUCCUUGGGGACGACCAGUAAGACGUCUGCUCCAUCCCUGGAACUGGAGAAAUCUGAAAUGUAACCAGGGACUCUAGCCAAUGGAAUUCCUUAGCAAUGCCCAUGGGUCAAUGGACAUGGGUAUUCUUGUGUUCAGUAUCUUCUGACGAUUUCUCACAUAUUCUGGAGAAGACAAGCCCUGAGAAUUCAGACACUUUUCUGGUGGCUGUGUUUGGGGGCCAUCUCACUUAGAAGUCAUAACACUCAUAGGCAGUAAUCCCAUCAUUUCAAUUUGAGCUUCCCAAAGUAUAGUCACCCUGGGUAUGAAGGUCAGAUCAAUGGUCUACCAUUUUGUCUGUUUAAGGGGUCUUUAGAAAGGGCAGUUCAUCUGUCCCUGCUCACUGAGACAUGUACAUUCCAGCAUCACCACAGCUUUAUCUUCUUUCUUUUGUCUCUCCCUCCUUCUGUCUC